GUCAGUCUGAAGUGUGCUACCAUUUCCAUCUUUGAAUUACUUCUCCUUGUCCCACUUCAGCAUGAAAAUGAGUCCACCCGAACCCAGGAAAGGCCCCGUAGGGUGAGUUCUGUGGAGCCCGACAUGUUGGAGAAGAUGGUAAGCCUCCUGAUACCGCUCCACCAGAAGGAGGAUCCCUUCUUCGUCCCUGCCUUCCUGUUUACUUACAGAAGGUUUACAACAACAGGGCAAGUGUUGGAACUUCUGUUUCAAAGGUAUGCAUAUUUCCAACCCGACUGUGAGGAGGAUGAACAAGUAAAGAACGCCAUGUGUUCCAUGCUCGCCAUGUGGCUGGACAAGUACCCCGAGGAUUUCUGCCAGACCAACAAUCUGUCCAACCUGAAUAAACUGAUGGCCUAUGUGCUACUCAACAUGCCCUCCUCAGAACUGGCGGUCCGUGUCCACCACCUCCUCUCCGAGCUGGAGGAGCAGGGGACCAAGGAGGCAGACAAAAAGAGAGAGGAGUCCUUAGGUAGGUGCCUGAGAACGUGUGAGGCGGGAUGGAAACUGGGUCCCAUGGGAUGAGAAUCCCAGGCUGGUGACUGGCCAGUAACCACCAGGAACCCUCAGUCUGGGAAGACGUCCUGCCGUGGUUCUUCUAUGUCAGAUGUUAUCUACUUUCUGUUGGAGACUCUCAGAUAUAGGCACUUACUAUGAAUGAACACCUUCACUCUGGAAGGUUCAGUCCCACCUCAACAUCUACAGCUCUUCAAUUAACAGUGCAUCUAUUUCCAUCCUCAGAUCUGGGGCUGCACACAGCACCUGCUCCUGAGACCAAGGCAGAUGACGCAUCUGUGAUGGCGGCAGAUGUGGUCCUGGAAUCAGCUGCUCCACCAGCUGCAGAUCUAGUGCCUUCACGAGAUUCUGAGCCUCAUGUAGGGACCGUGCAGUAUAUGUCAUCUGUAUAAGGACCACAACCCCAUGUGCCUCCUGGGGGUUGGUUCUAGCACUCACCUCAGGUCAAACCCCACAGACUGUCCUCAGUGACAAUACUGCGGCAGACUGAACAUCUUCCUACAAACCAUAUCAUGGUGACUCCCAUCUUCCUGGCGCGACAUCAGUCAUGCAAAAAUCACCUGUGCCAACCUUUCUCACCCAUUCCCGUGACAGGACCCAGGUGUGGCCCUCAGUUCCUCCAAGCCCAAGGCGCCCCUGCACUCCCAAAGUAUUUAGACUUGAAUUUCCACAAUCUGCCUUUAAAACACAUAUAUAAAUGCAGGUUUUGUAGGAAAGUUGAAUUCAGAACUUAUAUAAAAGUAAUUUUUGGCUCUCCUGUUGAAUAAAUCUUGAGUUAUAAAUACA